AUGGCGGCCCGUGCGGGCGCCGAGCGCCUGGUGCAACCCCGCUGCCCCGCGGCGCCCCCUGGCGGCAGGCGCCCGCCCCUCCCCGGUAGGGCCACGCCCCCGCCCGAAACGGCCACGCCCGCUCCAGCCCCUCAGGCCUCGCCCACCUCCCGUUCGGCCCCCGCCCCGGCCGGACUUCCGCCGGGAGCUUUGUGCGCCCGGCUUCCUCGCCCUGCCCGCGCUGGCCUCGGUGCGCCGGAUAAAGCCCUCCGGGCCAGCCGCUGCAGUCGGGCCAAGGUUCCGCGCCGGGCGUGGACGGUGUGGGGUGGUCCCGGCCCCGCAGGCCAGGACCCCCUCCUGCUCCUGCAGGCCCUGCAGACCCUGUGGUCCACGCGGGAGCGGCAGCAGCUCCGGGAGGAAGCCUGGCGGGGGUUUGCUGCCCUGGACGACCCUCUGGCCGGGCUUCUGGACAUGCUGGAGAGCUGCCGGGGCCGUCGGGGAGAGGGCCCCUCCCUGGAGGCCUGGAUCUCGCACCAGCUGCAGUGCUGGCUACAGGCACAGCCACGCCCGAGCCCGGCCCAGCACAGCCUGAGGCUGAAGCAGCUGCAGGCCCGAGCGGUCAGAGUCCUCACUGAGAGCUCCCCCAGCCUUGUGGCACCACUGGCCAGCAUCUUCCAGCUGCAGGAUGCAGACAGGAGCUGCCUGCUGGUGCACGUCCACCGCCUCCACCACGAGGGCAGGUUCAGAGAAGUGAGUGGCCCACGUGGCCGGCCCAUGGGGAAACGGCUUCUCGGGCAGUGGGGCAAGGACGUGCCUGGCUCAGGGACGCCUCUGUGGGGGGCUGUUUGGGGCUUCUGGUCUACAUGGAGAACCUUCGCAGAAUCACCCGGUAGGCUGCCCUUUGUGGGUGAGUUUGCCUCCUGGGUACUGGGCGCUGACUGA